AUGAGCAACGAUUUAUUGGAAAUUCCAGUACCAGAUGGGAAAGGCGGUGAACCGCCGGAUGCCUGGAAGAAAGCAAUGGAAGAAUUAAACAAGGUGAAACCAAAGAACGAUAAUGGUCAUGGAGGAAAUUCGACGAACAAUCGGACACCAGCAGGUCAGAAUGGUGUGUUUCACUCCUGGAUGAAUCCACAGCCUUAUCAAACACCGUUUCCAACCGGUAAUCAAUAUGGUGGAUUCGGCGGCGGAUGGCAUCCGUCGACAUGGAACCAAAACCCGGUACCUCCACCACCACCCCCAUCAGGGUCAGGACCGGCAAACUACCAAAAUCAACCAUACAAUUAUCAAAAUCAAUCGUACAACUAUCAAAAUCAAACGAUCGGUGGUCGUGGACGCGGUCGUGGCCGUGGGGCGAAGAACAAUUGGCAACCAAAUCCGCAUCCGCAGCAACAACAGCAGCAGCAGCAGCAAAAGUUUCAAGGUUUUCAAAUGAAAAAUGGAGUUGGAGGAAAUGGGUAUGUGCAAUCGCCACAGGGACGACAGCAAAUGGGAAGAGGUAUCGGAUUUGGUACGCCACAAGGACCGCCUCCGAGUGCCAGGAAUUACAUGGAGCGAUCGUUCAACGCAGCGACAACCCCGGAAGAACGUCAAAAAGUACAAGAUUAUCUUAAAAAACGUUUGGAUCCAAUGAUAAGUGCGGGCACUGCGCACACGGUCGACUGGGAUCGUGAGCCGUUGCCGCAUGAGCGCAACUAUGAGUUGCCGGCGAUGUGGACGCCGGCGAAUAAGCUCGGCUAUCAGGCGAACGGCACUCACGCGAAACCCAAACAAACGCCGAACAGGCAACAAGAAGCAGCGUCGCGGCGACGUAGCGGCGGCGAAGACGCGGCCGAGUCGACGCCCGAUUAUAAACGGACGAAACGCGACGGCUCGUCGAGUCCGGACAGCGAUAUAAUUGAGUUGAUGCAUGUGCAAAAGAAUGGAAAGAAUAGAAAGAACAAGAAAUCGAAGCAGGAGAAGAAAAACAAACCAGAGAAAAACCAGUUCAGAUUUGAAUACUCUGAUACCGAAUACAGAAGAGAAGAACGAGCACGACGUUUUGCUGAAACCUUGUCUGCUGUAAAGCCGUCGACGGCCGCCACUCAACACCACAUUCGACGAGGCCAGCUGGUAAAAGGAGUCUGUACAGAUAUUGAAAAAUCGUAUUUCAGAUUAACUGCGGCUCCUGAUCCGAAUCUUGUUCGCCCGUUGCACAUUCUCGAAAAAUCUUUAGACAAUGUGAAGAAUAAAUAUCGUGCGAGAGCCGAGUAUCGAUACUUGUCGAGUCAAUUGAGAUCGAUUCGACAGGAUUUGACGGUUCAGGGAAUCCGCAACGAAUUUACUGUUCAGGUUUAUGAGAUCAAUGCGAGAAUUUCGCUGGAAAAUAAAGAUCGAGAAGAGUUUAAUCAGUGUCAAUCGCAAUUGAAAUUGUUGUAUUCCGAUGUGGAAAAUUGUAUUCAUCGUGCUGAAUUCCUUGCAUAUCGUUUGCUUUAUUAUAUUGCAAUGGAUGAUUUGAUCGAUAUUAAUUCUAUUUUAAAAGAAGUGACACCAGAAUUGAAGAAAGAUGAAUGUGUAGAUUUUGCGCUCAAAGUGCGAAAAGCUGUAUCGUUGGGAAAUUAUAUCGCGUUUUUCAAACUUUUCCAGAAUGCCCCUAAAAUGUGCCCAUACAUAAUGGAUAUGUUUGUGGAUCGAGAACGCAAGAAAGCAUUAAAUUUUAUGACGAAAGCUUUCCGACAGACGUUGUCAUAUAAGGAUAUUGCGAGCUUUAUGGAAAUGACCGAAGAGGAUUUGGUGGAUUGGUUAGUCGCUGAAAUUGGUAUGACAGAGGCGGAAGUCGGAGGCUCGAUCGAUUGUAGGGUUCCUAGAAAUUUUUGA